AUGGCAACAAUUGAGCAGGGCAAUGGACUUGACUUGCGGAGCUGCACAGAUAAGCUGACAGAUAAUGGGAAAGGCAGCUCACAUGCAUCCGACCCAGAGGUAAACGGUGACCCCGGGGAGACUCAGGUGGAUAAGUACGGAUUCACAGGAGGAGCCCAGCAGCACACCGGAAAAUUUGCUGAAGAAAUCCCAAUUGAGGUGCUGAGGCAGCGGGAGGCAAAAUGGCUGGAGAUGCUCAACAGCUGGGACAAGUGGAUGGCCAAAAAACACAAGAAGGUGAAAGAGCGCUGUCAGAAGGGGAUCCCUCCAUCCCUGCGUGGCCGGGCCUGGCUCUACCUCACCGGGGGCAAAGUGAGAAGGGAGCAAAACCAGGGCAAAUUCCAGGAACUGGACAGUCAGUCAGGAGAUCCUAAAUGGAUAGAUAUUAUUGAGCGGGACCUCCAUCGACAGUUCCCCUUCCAUGAAAUGUUUGCAGCGAGGGGAGGUCAUGGGCAGCAAGACCUGCUCCGCGUGUUGAAGGCAUAUACUCUGCAUCGUCCGGAAGAGGGUUAUUGUCAGGCUCAGGCUCCCAUUGCUGCUGUACUCCUCAUGCAUAUGCCAGCAGAGGAUGCAUUCUGGGUUCUUGUCCAGAUCUGUGAGAAAUACCUUCCAGGAUACUACAGUACAGGGCUGGAGGCGAUCCAGCUGGACGGGGAGAUCCUGUAUGCUCUGCUGCGGCGGGUGUCUCCUGUGGCCCACCGUCACCUGAAGAAGCACAAGCUGGAGCCCAUCCUGUACAUGACCGAGUGGUACAUGUGCGCCUUCUCUCGGACUCUGCCGUGGGCCUCAGUGCUGCGUGUCUGGGACAUGUUCCUUUGUGAGGGAGUAAAGAUCCUCUUUCGAGUGGGCCUGGUUCUCCUGAAAUGCAUGUUGGGAUCCCAAGAGAAACUGAAGGCCUGUCAAGGUCUCUAUGAAACAAUGGAGCUGCUCCGAGCUAUACAGCCACAGUACAUGCAAGAAGUCUUCCUGGUGCACGAGAUUAUUGAGUUAGUGGUGUCUGAGAAAGACAUUGAGAAGGAACACCAUGCUCAGCUGCGGCGCUGGAAGGAGACCCAUGGAGAUCUACACUGCAAGUCUCCUCCCAGGAUGCACGGCGCUAAGGCCAUCAUGACUGCCGAGCCGCCCAGUCGUCAGGACCUGAGACAGAGACCCACAAUUAUUGUGGAAUCUCCCUUGGCACCCAAGACAGUUGGGAAGAGAGAAGAGGACGCCAAAGAAAGUGGAAAGACUGAAGAAGAAAAACAGAAGAAAUCAAUCCCACUGCCACAGGAGACUGUUAUUCCUUACCGCCCUCCCACUGACCCCUCACCUCUCCUCAAACACUUGACUGUACAAGGGUCCAAAGAGAGUCUGAGCAGUGCAGACCAUGACACUUACCUGUAGCAGGGUAAGUAUCACCAGUUUACUAACAUAAAUCAUUCCAUACAGCCUUUGCUAACUUACUAACGCUCACAGUUUUCAGUCAAAGUUCUCGCAUGUCACAGUGACACGAGAAACCUUUCUUUGACUUAUUUUAUCUGUGGUAGUCAUGACUGUGACAGCUUUUUAUUAAAAUGGCUAUUUUUACAAUCAAGAAAAAAGUUAUCGUGUUUUCAAAGCUGGCAAAAAUGCCAUUGCUCAGACUGCUAAGCAGUCACUGUAAUGCUGAACACAUUUUCGCUGUCAUUUCAUUUAUACAGGUUUCUAUUUACUCUACUUUUAACUACGUUGUCAUUGAAAUUUAGAAUAAAAGUGUAUGGAACUCAGAAAUGUGUAAUUGUCAGGGAGCAACAACAGAUGGCGACUGUGUGUCCUGUGCACACGUGUUUGAGGUUUUAUCCUGUUGAUCUAUUAGCUUCAUAUGACUGAACAUGUAGAGAUAUACCCUCGCUAACUCACUGUUAACAGCUACUGCUGCUAUUUACCUCCUUGAAUUUUAAAUGUACCUCCUAGAUUCUUUCUUUUGUUAUAAAUGAAGUUGGAUUUUGUCUUGA